GGACGUUCAGUCGACCGACGACAUCGCUACUGUCCGUGUUCCGCCGCGCAUUACGUGAUGAUAAUAUUAUUGUUGCAAUAAAAUAUAUUACUGUCGUUCGCCGUUUCGCCGAUCGCAGUGUGCACACCACCGCGAAUAUCAUUAACGCCGGUGCCGUAACCGAUCGCGUGUGCGCUUUAACGCUUGCAAUAUAAUAAUCGAUCACAUUUUAAUUUUUUUAUUUUUCGGUUUGAUAUUUUUUAAUUUUUCGCUUUAUCGUUUUAUUCGAUAGAAACGAUAAUUUCAAUAUUACCACGGUCGCCGUUUAUCGCCGCAGAUCGAUAUCGAAAAUAUUCGUUUUAUGAAUUCGCGCGCGUCGUCCGCUGCGGUCUGCCGGUGGUAAGCCGCGCGCGUUGAAUGCGCUUUACAAACGGUUCGUGCGGACACACAUGCUAGAACCGACCGGAGCAGCAAAUAUGACAGUGUUAGCGCUCAACCAUCUGUUGCCGCCGCCGCCGACGCCGUCCGUCAACAACGGUGGCCCACAACAGCAACAGCAACAGCAGCAGCAGCAACAGCAACGCUCGGCCGUCGGAGCUGACAGCAACGGCGCCGACGACGUGCAGCAAAACGGCAAACCGUCGCGCAUGAUGACUGUCGCGGCCGCGGCCACCAACAUGACGACGGCGAUGAUGAUGGGCGGCGUUCCGCCGACCGGCGUGGGCCACCACCAUCACCACCAUCACCACCACAGCCACCACAAUCAAUUGCACAACAACAACAACAACAACAAUAACGACGACACGGCCAGCAGCCCGCGAUCGUCCGUCGUCGCGGCCGCCCGGCCGUCCGGCCAUAUCAAGUUCAGCGUGGCCGCUCUGUUGGCCGACACCAGGCCCGUCCGGUCGCCAACGCCCGGUUCCGUUUACGACGACGACAUGGACACGCCCGACGACGACGAGGACGACCGGAACAGCGUGGACGUGGAGACGACCGACGGUGGCGUCGCGGCCGGCCGGCGGUGUUCGUCCAGCACGCCGGACCGCGGUCGGUCGCCGAUGCCGCUUCACGCGUCCGCGUCUCCGCCGCUGUCGCACCACCAGCACCACGGCGCCCACCUGUUCCAGCAACCCGGCGGCUCCAUGGCCGCCCGCGCCGCGUUCAUGAUGUCCGGCGGUGGUGCGUCCGUCCCCGGCGGUGGUGGACACCAUCACCAUCCCGUCGCGCCCGUCCGGCCUACACCGUUCACUGCUCGUGCCGCCGCGGCAGCCGCCUACUCGGCCGCCGGCAUGCAGCACCCCGCCGCCCCCGGGGCCUGGCACCCGCAUUACGCCGGUGCGUUUCCCGGCUUCGGUUCCACCGGUCUCAACUCCGGAUCGCCUGAUUCCAACAACGGCGAACCGCCCAAACUCAAGUGUAACCUGCGGAAGCACAAACCCAACAGGAAACCCCGAACGCCGUUCACUACGCAACAAUUGUUGAACCUGGAGAAAAAAUUCCGGGAAAAGCAGUACUUAAGCAUCGCCGAACGAGCCGAGUUUUCCAAUUCGUUACACUUGACUGAAACACAGGUGAAAAUAUGGUUCCAAAACCGGAGAGCCAAAGCCAAACGGCUGCAAGAGGCCGAGAUCGAAAAGUUGAAGAUGGCCGCUGUGGCCGCGGCCAGGCCGCACCACCCGCUGUACGGCAACCCACACCUGCCGCACUACUUCCAGCACCCGUCCGAGCUGUUCGGUCACCCGCAUCAACUGCAAUCGCUCCUGUCGCACCGGCCCACCAUGGCCCACCUCAUCGCCCAAGGCCUGCAGCAGCAGCAGCAGCAGCAGCAGCAGCAACAGCAACAGCAACAGGGCCCGCCGCCCACUCACCAGCCCGCCGGCGGACAGGUACAGCAAACUCAUACGCCGCCCGCGCGCUCGUCGAUGUCGCCCGCCGGUAGGCGGUCCGUCACCCCCGUGUCGCCCACCCCGUCGAUGGGCGGCGGGGGCCCAGGGUCCACCACGAGCGUCUAGUGGUUAGGUAACCUAACCUCGCGCACGGCAAAACGGUAUUUAAAGACUAUACGCGCCGCGUAUCUAUUUCGUUCUAUUUUAUUAUUAUAUACCUACAAUAUGAUAUUAUAAUGAUAUUUGUUAUUAUGUAUAA